AUGUCCUCCACCGUCGUCGGGUACCAUGCUCCCAAAGGCUUCAAGGAUGCGAUCGUCAAAGCCCAGGCAGUCUUUGAUGAGUUCCGACGUGACCAGCACGGAAUGCUGAAGCAAGGUGGCAGUGACACACUAGUCGGUCGCCCAUCCGCUCCCCUCCCCCGUGAAGUUCUGCACCAAAUCUUCGAAUAUCUGUUUCCUCAAUCACGAGAGAAGCGGCGCCCUCGGCGCAGGAUCUUAUACUCUCCACAACCUGAGGAAGUGGAACGAAGGAAAGCGGCGACGGACCCCGAAGACUCGAGGUGGUGGAAAUGGCAAAUGGAGCCACCGUCUGCUGCUCUUUUCCCCUUGUCUUGCGCCGCCGCCUUCCACAACUGGCAACGUGCCCUCUCUAUGGAGGCUGCCUAUUGGACGAGGAUCGUGAUCUUUGUUGACGAGCCUUUGACUCCUGGAACGUUCUCUCCACUGUUCUUCGCGUGGUCGCGCGACGAGAUUAUCGACGUACGCAUCACACGUCGGCGGUUCUACGACAGAAAUCUUUAUCCGGACGAUGCUCACGAGAAGGAUCGUGUGGAGUACAUCAUGAUGCAUUUGCGCCCCCAUCUCCACCGCUGUCGUACUAUUCGCCUCGACGCCAAGUGUAGGUCGUCCGUAGUAGCGGCACUGAACCACCUAAAGGGAGACCCUCCCCGUCUAUGUAUACUUGCGCUUUGCUCUGAGGUCGCUGACACUGUGGAUGAUGCUGACGGGCUUCAAGACCUCAUCUGCCCUAAUUUGACUAAUCUGCACAUCGACGCGAAAAGUCUUAUUGACUUGGUGCAACGCGGGUUUGACUGGUCCCCCGAAGAAGGCAAUCGCAGAUACAGCUACCUCAUUUUAUGCCCGUAUCAACCUUUGGAUCCUCAGCAUGGCGUUCUCGCUGUGGACCUCAUUCGUUGCCUUGCGAACAUUCAGAACAUCGACUCAAUUUCAUUGCGGAGCAUUUUCUUCCAUCCCGACUUCAUUUUACCCCAAGUAACAAAUCAUGAGUCAGAUAUCUUUGGCGACACACUAGAAAUGGACAACAUCCCAUUUGAUGCCGUUAACGCUCUGUUAAAAUUCUCAAACACUGAAAAUGCCCAUCUGAAGAACUGCUCUUUCUCGAGCCCGGUCCUGUGGCCAUCCUCGGGACCGUUCAACGUUACAUUUGGCAUUGCCAUGUUUUUCAACCUGAUGAUGGUGACAAAGACGGAGAGGGCAAACGUCAGUGGGACUAAAGAUCAGAGAACUGGGCGACGCACCAUACAGUCCUCGUACAUGUAUGUUCAAUAA